AUGGUAACCGAGCAUUUCGAUUUGAUGCUUGGCGAUUUCGGGCUCGUUCGAGAGAUUGAUCCGGCCGCUAAUUCGACGUUAACUCAUACUGGAACAAAACUAUACAUGUCACCCGAAAUAAGCAAACCCAUUCGACCAAGACCUGACGAGAGAAAGUUUGAUAUCUUGAUGAAAAGCGACCUCUACUCGAUGGGACUCGUGCUUUGGGAGAUCAUCGAGAGAAGAAAAAUCUGUUCUGUGAGCGCUUUCGAUUGUUGGGAUAAAUUGGUCGACGAUCUCUGGAGUGACGCUUUUGUGUUACCAUUAGCCGAAUGCGAUCACGAGAUCAAGCUGUUAAUCCAAAUGUGUGUUGACGCAAAAUACUAUCGCCGACCCACGACCGAAGAAGCUUGUAAAACGAUCCGGGAAAUGAAUGAUAGAUUCGUGAGCACAGCAAUUUGCUUUGAAAACAACAACCGAAAUACACUCAUUCGCCCGCUCGGCUUCGACGGAACAAUGGAUGAAGUGUCUGUUUCUGACAGCUAUCUCAGUUUUUACGACAUCUACCACUGGAAUGAACCAAAGUACCGAGAAAACCGAAUCGAAAAAUUCAUCGCCCAAUUGGACUCUUUACCAAGAAAUUUCCACGAGUUGGAGAUAUUCUCGAAAAUCUAUCAAACGCUCUCUCCAGAAGAUUUUCUUAACAACCAUCUACCGGAGCUCUGCAAAACGGUGCUCAGAAAGGAAAUUCUGCAAUUUAUUGAGGCUCAACGUCUAUUUUUGUAUCCAUACACAUUCUACACCGAUGAAACGCCAUCAUUCCAAGAAUUCUCAAUCCCGGGAAAGCUACUCCAAUCAUUAAUCAAUGAAACAGUUUUGGUUUCUGAUAAAAAAAUUCAGAAAACGGUUUUGGAAAGGGAAUGGCGAGCGUUGAUUUUAUAUUUGUGGACACAAAGCUUAUUGAUGGAAGAUUCGUUCAAAAAACUUCACCAAAAGCUGGCCACCUUUUUCUCCGGUGAAAUUUUAGAGCUAGAACACCGAGAAGGAACUUUCUUCAUCGAAGCACCAUUACCCCUGAAUACUUAUGUCUUUCAAUUAAGCGUGAGUCCAAUUGGAUCAAAAGAGAUGAUUUACUCACAAUUGACAGCUAGAGAACUACUCGAUUACAACGCUGCUCACGCUUGGUUCACCGCUCGUCUUACAAGGGAAACCCCAAAAACGAAUCUUCCAGAAACAAUCGGCUUCUCGUGCUUCUACUUUUUCCGCACUAAACAGAUAAAGGAUAAAAUCUUCUCUAGACCCAAACGAUACCUCCUUUUCGAUCGACCCACUAAUGAUCAGCAAGUUCUAUGCUUGGAUUUGAGCACAAAACAAUUGCUCAAGAGAUACAUCAGAAAUGAGGAUAUCGAUGAGGAGAGAUUUCAGCUAAUGCAGUUCGACAAAUUGCUGGAGGUUUUGAAAAAGAAUGAAAGUCUGGAAAAUAAAGAAAAUAAA